CACCAAGCGAAUACUAGUGUCAUAAGUUAAAAGAACGAAUAAAAUAUUCUCAAAGCACCAACAGUCUCAAUAAACGGGUUUUGCGGACAAAUGUCAACAUCAUGGAAUAUUUUACAUUUAUUUUGAUAUAUUUGAUGCUUGUCAACGUAAUCGUGGUUUAUCCCCAAAAGAUUGACAAUUUUAUUGCUAGUAAUCACAGACAAAUUGAGACUGGUUCUUCAAUCAUCAAAGUGCGCUCUAAAACGGAAUGCAUUUCUUUUUGCAUAAAACACAAUGACUGUUGCUUUGCAAAUUACCGGGAUUCCACAAAAAAAUGUAGUGUUGGAACAACGAACAGAUGUCAUGCAUCAUCCAUAUACGCAUAUGGCUGGCAGUUACUUAGAAGAGGUAGAACCUACAAGAACAAGGUGUUUUUUCAUAUUGGAGAUUCAAAAAUUUGGUCUGAUGCACAGGACAACUGUGGCAGUUUUGGUAUGAGACUCGCAACUGUUAGUAACUUUAACGAAAACGAGUUCCUUAAAUCUGUUACUAAUUAUCCUUUUGCAAUAUGGUUCGGAGGCUCAGAUUCAUUGUCUGAAGGAAAUUGGAGAUGGAACAAGCCAACACGAUCUAUAAAUUUUUAUGAUUGGGGUUCGGUAUUACUUGUUUCACAACCAAAUGGGUGGCUCAUCAGCAACUGUCUAGCAUAUUUUAAUUGUGAUCCAUUUGGCACACAGUAUCAAUGGGUAGACGAACCAUGUAGUGUUUCGUAUCCCUUUUUAUGUGAAAGGGUUGUUCGUGUUGAUAGUGACACAUGGCCUAUUGAAUGAUCAACAACACAAUCAAGUUCUGUAGAAGAAAACUGUUCUUUUAUCUUUAGUAUUUUUAAUUAUUGUUGUUGGGCUGUAAGUGCUUUAAAAAGUAAAAUAACAGAAAUACCGAACUCCAACGGAAAUUGAAACUGGUUUAAUAGCUAGCUAAACCUCUCAAUUUGUAUGACAGUCACAUAUUAUUCACUUAUAGCAUAUCACUCUAAUAGGUUAUGAUAACGUUACAAAUCUAAGCUAAGAAUAUUUUCACUUUGGUGCCUUCCGGCUGUUUUGUUUGAACAACAUUGGAGACUGUAUCAGUAGAAUUUUCGAACAGCUCUAGAAGAAUUUAAUUAUUAAUGUUAGUAUUGCAGUUGCAGAAUAAAUAAUGCUCUU